AUGCAAAGCCUUUGGCUUUCUUAUGUCGCUCCUCAUAGCCCUGAACUUCUUCAACUGUCAUCGAAACAAUUAGCCAAAAAGAAGAUUUGUAUCAGGCAUUUCGAACAUCAAUAUCUUGAUGGCUUCACGAGGAAAUACCACGGUUAUCCUACUCUACUGACUGAAGAAGAAAUAGCUUGUGGAGUACCCAGUCAAUCCAUCACUGACUAUUAUGAUCAUACUUACUGUAAAAGAAGGCAAGGUAUGGAAGAAGCAGCUCCUGAAAUAAUUAAAAAGCCAAAAUAUAGUAAAGAAUACAUGCUGGUUAAUUUAGAUAAUUCACAAAAUAGUAAAAGAGAAAAUACUGGAGAGACUUCUGUGUCAGAUGACAUCACCAUGUUGUCAAAGCCAUCAACUUCUCAGCAAAGUUAUUACAUCUCCAUGUCGCCAAAACCAUCAACUUCUCAGCAAAGUUAUGAUGUCCCCAUUUCACCAAAGCCAUCGACAAUUCAACACAGUGAUAAAAACAAAUGUAUUAAGCUUGUAAAAAGUAGACCUCGACUUGUAACCAAUAUUAACAACUUAACUCCAAGAUGUCGAAGGUUGUACUUUAAGUGUAAAGAUAUGAUUAAAAGAAAGAGAUUGUUUACAAGUAAUGAAGAUAACAAACAAAACAUUGCUCAUGCAGAAAUUCUUAGCAAUACCAAAAGUUUUAGAAAAUUAAUAGAAAAGUUAGAUUUCUUCCCAAAACAGUUUAUAGCAUUGCAGCUGAGGUUUGCUGGUAAAGCUUCAAAAGGAAGAAGCAUUGUUUUUGAUGAAGUUCAGUUAUCUGCACAUUUGAAUUUUAUUGCAAGCAAUGAUGAAAUUGAGGGGUUUGUAAAAGCAGAUGGGCCCCCAAAAUUUGCUGACCAUGCUUUGGUAGUGAUGCUCAGAGGUAUUUGUGCAUCAUGGCGACAACCAGUCGCUUACUAUUUUUGCCAAGGAACUACACCAGCAGCUACUUUGAAACAUAUUUUAAAGGAUAUGGUUAAGAUAGUAAUCGAAUCUGGAUUAAAGCCUUUAGCCUUCAUUUGUGACCAGGGAGCUACAUCACAGCGUGCUCUUAAAGAUCUUCAAGAAGAGACUAAGAGACACUGUUUUCAAAAUAAUAUAAAAUUUGUAUACAGCAACUUUUUCUCAGCGACAUGA